GUUUCCUUUCAAAUGACAACUACCUCUUCCUGCUGCGAGGGCGUUGCACGAAACCAAACCGCCCCCCCGCCCAAUCAAGUACCAGUUGCUUCGCUGGUAGGCCCACUUAGGUUAGGGGGCUUUGUCCCCAGUUCUUACCAACCAACCUCCGGUGUGUAAUCGACAUGUUGCUAGCUUCAACUCGGUUGAAUAAGAAUCAUGGAUUCCCUCUGUUGUCCCUUUCUUAUUCAUUCAGGGUGCUCGGCUGGUGCUCCUUUCUCAAACUAUAACUACUCUGAACAUUAGGGAAGAUAAGGGAAGACCACCUGAGCGAACCGACCGAAGGGACUUGACUUAUUCGAACCGAACGAUAGCGGCUUAAAGCUAAGCCUAUCACAAGCAGCGUCGCUGCUUGAUCGGCGGGGAGGAGCAUCUCAAAGUAUGGGGCAAAAGAUCAAGCGCUUUGACUUUGUCCCCCGGGAUCCACCACAGGUUGGGUUUGAGAGCCGUGUGAUGGGUUACUGUCCAGCACGGUUCGGAGAGCACUUUUAGUCUGCGUUGGUGAAUGGAAGCCCCCCCUAUCAAGCAAGAAAGAAGCGGCUCUUCCCACGGCGGAGUCACCAUUGACUCUAUUUAUUAUUAUGGUAAAUCAGUGUAUCAAGAUGUCAACCUGAGAUCUUAUUUCGGUUCGAUACGUCCACCUACGAGACUCACCUUUGGCUUUCGUCUCGGUAGGUGUUUUAUUAUACAUUUUCCCAAAAGAACAUUCAUUCAUUUCUUUCUUCCCCGUCGACCACGACUACUGAAACGACGGGAAAAAUCCAGACCCGGAAAGGAGAAGGGCCGGUGGUGGGCAUUUGGGAAAGUCGGGCCGAUCGGGUGUCUUCAUUCAAGCGGCGAUACAGAAGAAGAACGAAACGAAGUGGGAGGCCGGGGGGCAGGGAAAAGAGUCGAGUCGAUCAGGCUCGACGACCGGGAGAAGCAAAACGAAAUUAGGAUUUGGCCGAAAAAGAAGCAACGCUAUGGAUACCAUGACCGAUCACCAUUGAUAAAGAUAAAGAAGAAUCUUUCUAAAUCACUUCGGGUCAGCGGGGCCUUCAAGCAUCCGAAAUACGCCGGGGUUGUAAAUGACAUAGCGUUCCUGACAGAAAAUGACGACUCCUUCAGAAAAACAAAGUUAUUCAAGUUCUUUUUCCCAAAGAAGUCCCGCUCCGACGGCCCGACGACUCCUCUACUUAAAAGGACCCUCCCUACAGUGCUCCCCUCCUUGAAUUAUUCGGUCAUGCAAUACUUAUUGAAUACAAAGAACAAAAUGGAUUUCGACCCCGUCGUAGUUCUCAAUCAUUUCGUGGCGCCGGGCGUGGCUGAACUAUCUACGACGGGGGGAGCGAAUGCACAGGGAAGAAGCUUAGAUAAGAGAAUACGUUCUCGCAUCGCUUUUUUUGUAGAAAGCUCGACCAGCGAGAAAAAGUGUUUGGCCGAAGCCAAAAAGAGGUUGACCCACUUCAUUCGCCAAGCGAAUGAUCUUCGCUUCGCGGGAACAACAAAAACAACCAUCUCGCUCUUUCCUUUCUUCGGUGCUACCUUUUUAUUUCCAAGGGAUGGGGUUGGGAUGUAUAAGAACCUUUUUUUUGAGGAUGCCCGGGAACAACUCCUAGGUCAAUUAAGGAUCAAAUGUUGGAACCUCAUGGGUAAGGAUAGGGUAAUGGAAUUGAUAGAGAAAUUCAUAGACCUGGGUGGGAUAGGAGAAUUUAUAAAGGGAAUAGAGAUGAUGAUAGAGAUCAUACUGAGAAACAGAAGAAUUCCAUACGGGUACAACUCUUAUUUGAACGAAGUGAAAAAAAUGCGAUCUUUGUUGUCUAAUAGAACAAAGACUAAUACCUUAAUUGAGUCGGUCAAGAUCAAAUCUGUUUAUCAAAGUGCUUCUCUGAUUGCUCAAGACAUCUCUUUUCAACUGAGAAACAAAACAAGAUCAUUUCGUUCCAUUUUUAGUAAAAUAGUUAAGGAUAUUCCAUUAGUAAUGAAAAAAGGGGUUGAGGGGAUCCGUAUAUGUUGUUCAGGUCGAUCAGAAGGCGCAGAAAUAGCUAGAACUGAAUGCGGAAAGUAUGGAAAAACAUCUCGUAAUGUAUUUAACCAGAAAAUCGAUUAUGCUCCUGCGGAAGUAUCUACUCGUUACGGAAUCUUAGGCAGAUGUCGUAGGGGUUGCAAACCGGACGGUACACAACUUGGUUUUGGAAGAUAUGGCACUAAAAGUUGUAGAGCCGGUCGUCUUUCAUAUCGAGCCAUUGAAGCAGCGCGUCGGGCUAUAAUCGGACAAUUCCAUCGUGCUAUGAGCGGGCAAUUCCGAAGAAAUGGUAAGAUAUGGGUAAGAGUUCUCGCAGAUCUUCCUAUUACCGGGAAACCUACAGAAGUAAGAAUGGGAAGAGGAAAAGGAAAUCCUACGGGUUGGAUUGCUCGUGUGUCCGCGGGACAAAUCCCAUUUGAAAUGGAUGGUGUGAGUUUGUCAAAUGCUCGACAAGCCGCUACAUUAGCGGCGCAUAAACCAUGUUCGUCAACCAAGUUUGUUCAGUGGUCGUAACGUAAUUGGUUAGUGGGGGAAAACCGGGCCGGGAUUCCAAAGAAUUAGGCGAAGUGUUUGUUCCUGAACGACGGAAGUGGAAAGACACUAAGGGGGAGAGGGAUUAUACUCCUUUCUUUUUGUAAUCGCCGAAAUUGUACGACGAACCUUUUUGUUCCAGGCGUACUACCCUGAUACGUUACGGUUUUUUUCAGCCAGCCUGGUUUAUAAAGUGAUAGUAGUAAGAAUAAAUAAGAAAGAGAAGAGCUAAGAUUCAGGAAAGGAAGCUUUAUGGGAGAAAGGAAGAAAAGUAUGUAUGUAUCUGGGGGGUGGGGGCGGAAGGAAUUGGCAGAAUUUUGUUAGGUCCCCAAUGAGGGGGGACCGGGCCAUGCGACGGGUG